AUGGCUGAAGUUCAGGAACUCACACGGUUACCGGUCGUCGUUGAUAAGCCUACGCCGUAUAUCUUUGAUCUCGGGUACCUCCUCGCAAACGACCCGAACCCGCUGGAGCUGAACAGUGAGAACAUUGAGGAUGAUCUGAGUGCCACAGCGAGAGAUGGUGCGCAGGCACUCAUCAAUCAGCUCUUGGGCACAUGUCCGAUUACUUCGGCGCCAGCUGGCGUCCUCCUCACCCUUCCAACCCCGAGUACGCACCUUCCGCGUGAAAAGCCUCUUCCACCGCCAAAGGCCGAGACCACCUGGGAGCGCUUCGCUCGCAAGAAGGGCAUUAAGGCCAAGACUGCCGAUGUGCGCCAGAAGAUGCAGUACGACGAGGCAACUGGGGAGUGGGUGCCUAAGUGGGGUUACAAGGGAGCCAACAAGGCCGGCGAGAACGACUGGAUCGUGGAGGUCGAUAUGAAGAAGGAGCGUGAGAGGAAGGAGGGCACGACUCAACAGGGUGAUGGAAGGAGAGACCGUAAGGAGAAGGUUAAGAGGAAUGAGCGUCUCCAGAGAGCGAACGAGCGCAAGGGUAGAAAGGUGGGAGCGAAAUAA